GUGUUUUGACUGUUUUGGUUGUUUAUUUGGCGCUGAGACGCGAGCGCUUUCAGUCAGUCGAGCUCUGCACCAGGGAUCUGUUUAUCUCACAGAGGCGCUUUCUCUUACAAGUGAAUGGAAUCGCCACAAAAAUGCGUUGCUAAUGAAUGUGUUUCUGCAAUAUGAAGAAUGGAAGAAGACGAUGUGACGAUUAGAGAGCAGAAUUUCCACAGCCAAGUGCGCGAGUACAUCAUCUGCUUCCUCCUGUUUGCAGUGCUGUACAUCGUGUCGUACUGCAUCAUCUCACGCUACAAGAGAAAAAGCGAUGAUCAGGAAGAUGAGGAUGCCAUUGUCAACAGAAUAUCUAUGUACCUGUGUACAUUCACACUGGCAGUGUCUGGAGGAGCUGUCCUUCUCUUACCCUUUUCUAUAAUCAGUUAUGAGAUUCUGCUCUCCCUACCAAAAAACUACUACAUACAAUGGCUCAAUGGAUCACUCAUUCAUGGCCUGUGGAACCUGGUGUCCCUUUUCUCAAAUCUCUGUCUCUUUGUGCUGAUGCCUUUUGCUUACUUCUUCCUGGAGUCCGAGGGCUUCGCCGGUUCGAAAAAGGGCAUAAAGUCUCGAGUGCUGGAGACAUUUGUCAUGCUCUUUCUGCUGGGUCUCCUCAUCCUGGGCAUUGUAUGGGUGGCGUCUGCUCUCAUUGACAAUGAUGCCGCCAGCAUGGAAUCGCUCUACGAUUUAUGGGAGUUUUAUCUGCCAUACCUCUAUUCCUGCAUCUCUCUGAUGGGAGGACUGUUGCUGCUUACUUCUUGUCUCAUCUCGCCAGUGUGUACUCCAGUAGGACUGUCACGCAUGUUCACAGUGAUGGGACAGUUGCUAGUUAAGCCAACAAUUUUAGAGGAUCUGGAUGAGCAGAUUUAUUGUAUACAGCUGCAGGAAGAGGCCUUGGAGCGUAGACUCAAUGGUACAAACUCUUCUUUCCAUGGAAACUCUCAGCUCCAUCUCUACAAAGAGCUGGACAACAUUCGCAAUCAGAGGAACAAACUCGAAAGGAGAAAGAAGGCCUCAGCCUGGGAAAAGAACCUCCUUUACCCCAUAGUGAUGCUGAUCCUGCUUGCUGGAACGGCGAUUUCUGUUCUCCUGGUUGCCCUGAACAUUGUGUACUUGCUUGUUGAUGAGACCGCUUUGCCAAAGGGUUCAACGGUAAGAAACAUGCAAGUCAACAAACUUGAAAAGGAGAGAGAUCUUGGCAAUGCCUCCUUAUCCACAUUUGGAGUUGCCCAGGCGGUUAUUGAAAUCGUUCUCAUGUUUUAUCUGUUGGUCUCAUCUGUGGUUGGCUUCUAUAGCCUUCGCAUCUUUCAGGAGCUCACCCCCAGAAAGGACGACACUACCAUGACGACGAUCAUCGGUUGCUGUGUAUCCAUUCUAGUGCUGAGCUCGGCCUUGCCUGUCAUGUCCCGAACACUUGGAAUCACAAGGUUUGAUCUCCUCGGGGACUUUGGACGAUUUAAUUGGCUUGGAAAUUUUUACAUCGUACUUUCGUACAAUCUUCUGUUUGCUGUGGUAACCACAUUGUGUCUGGUCCGAAAGUUCACAUCUGCUGUGCGAGAGGAACUCCUCAAAGCCCUCGGUCUGGAUAAACUAAAUCUGUCCAACAGUACGACAGAUGCAGAGUCAGGGAAACAUGCGGUCAACGGUCAUCAGAAAACUCUGUGAGAGCAAAAUCGAGCCAUUCUCACACAAACUCAUGUAUGUGUAUUCAGUUGGCUUUAUCAUUUUCAGAGUAAAGUGAUAAAAAAUCAGAGAGCAUCCCAAAAAAAAAAAGGUUUGGAAUCAGUCACCCGACAUGCAGUUUAUGUCCAUCUCUCAUUUACUGUACAGUUGUGCUUGUCUCUGAAACUCUCUGCAGAAUGCUUCCAGCUCUGAACAGUCUGAGAUUCACAAUGAGUUCAUUUGGGCUUGCAGGGUUUGCUGUUCAGCUUGUUAAUGCUUACUUUUCAAUUCUCUUUAGUGAGAAAAUGUUAUAUUGCUGACCUGCACAACUAAAAGGCCUACUGACUGCACCUUUCAUUGAGGGAUUAUUAUUAUUAUUAUUAUUAUCUAUUAUUUUUCCCUAGUUCUAUCAAGGGAAAUAUUAAUCUGUUUGCCGAGCUGAUAAUGUCACGUGUAAUGAAACACGCUUUAGUCUCAGUUAGGGAAUCUAAUUAUUAUCCUUAAUUACUGUUUAAUAACAUUUGGUUAAGUUAUGAGGCCCAUAAAAACAAUUGCCCCUAAAAACAACACACAACUGACAUAAACAUUUUUGAUAUUGUCAAGAGACCUUUAUUACGUGUGAUAUGAGUACUAAUAUAAGAAACUAUAUUUGAUUAAGAAUUGCAGAAUAGAAGCAUUGCAGUGAGUCUAACUGAACAUUUAAACUCAAGUUAAGUUACAGAUGUUUUGAUGCCAAAUGAACUGGUUCUUAGGCAAACGGGGCACAUUCAAAAAUUAGUUCAAGUAAAAUGUGAUGGGCAACUGGUCAGCACUGGUCCAUAGCUGUCAAAAUUAUUACUUGAAUUAUGAUGUGUAAAGUAAGUUUUGUAAUCUGAAAACUUGUUAUUCUGCCAUUGCAUAUGUUUACAUUCACGUUAAGAUGAAGAUCAAUUAUUAUUUAUAAGUUUAUCUAUUAUAAAUGCGGAAGCAUUAUGGUUUUUAAUUUCCUCAUGCUUUACUGUGACAGUUCAGGUUUGUUGGAUGUGGCAGAGUUAAGUAAUGGGAAUUAACAAGGAAUCUCUCCAAACAUGUGCCGCUUUCACAGUUUUGGCAUAUUCUGGGUAGCACUGGAACUGUAUUAGGAGUGGAGGAGCCUACCUGCCAAAUUUCCUCCUGCACUGCAACUGUUCUUGUUGUUUCCAUCAGUAGGAAAGGUUCAGAGGUGGACAUUUUGGGUUCAAGUCACUACCAACAACCAGCUUAAUAUGUUACUGUGUUUACUUGAAUUGGGUGCAUUUAGGAAUGUUGCGGCCAGCCGGUCAAUCUUGCUAAUAUCACUUCAAUCAUUUAACACAUUAAUGGAUUGUAUCGUUGUCUUGAAUAAGGAAGGUGAUCAAAUUUAAAUGACAGCAAGGAAAUGCUGCUCUUUUGUCUUAAUAAUAAAAUGCACCAAAUAUUUGGGAGAAGGUGAGGCACAAUCUUGGGAUACACUUCCUGUUCCUCUACUUAAAUCUGCUGCUACUUCCUCCACAACAUUUGAUGCUGUGCUACAUGUACUACGCAAACUGAGAGCAUAUAAAAUCAUACAUCCUGCGAACUUGGUUAUUGCUGCAGAGCUUGUGGGGCUCUAUAUAUUUGCCUUAUUUCAGCAUCACCUUCCUCUGCAGCUGCUUUGCUUUUUGCAAAUGGCAGAUUAUCCGUGAACAUAGAUGUUUCGUAUGUUUUUCCACUCACUCUCAUGCUGGAUAUUAAGCCAGCUCAGUCUGUUCAGUCUCCUGAAAUACUGGUCUACACAGAUCAGAGGCUAAAUGCUUGUAUAUAAAGGCUGUGAAACCAGGACUGCAGAGCCACAUCAGUCUGAUUCACACCUAUUAAAGCUCAUUGUGUGAUGUGAUGAAAUGAAUGUGAAGUCCGAGCGGGGUCAGUUGUCAUUACGCAUGUAGAGCGCAGCACGACUCAUUGAAGGGUCUGCUUUGUAGCUAUGAAAUAUAGUCAGAGAAGCUUUUUUUUAUUAUUAUUGUUUAGAAGUUAUUGAUUGCACCGUUAAUGUACAAUAUGUUCAGUAUAGUUUCCAUACAUUACAUUCCCAUUCUGCAACAAACCCAACAGGCUAAAAGAACAUGAAGAAAUCGGUUUCGGCCAUUCCUGAGGUUUUAUAUACAGCUGAACAGACAUCCAGUGUUCAGUCUUCACUGUUCAUCUCAUAAUAAUGUAAAUGAUGUAUUUAAAUGUAUAUACAGUAAAUUUCCUCUCUUUAUUUUUGUAGAAUGUAGAUAUGAAACUGCUCUUGAGCCUCGUUCAUACUAUGCUAUUUGUCAAAAAGACCAGACAAUGAGUCGCUUAGAAUUUGUUUAUUGUAAAAAAAAAAAAAAACAACAAACAAGAAAAAUCACCUCUGAUGCCUUAAACAGGCUUUCUGUCUCCUUUUAUCCAGUAUUGAGGAGACAAGUUGUGCAUGUGUAAGAUGUGCAAAUGAGUAAAAGAGUGAGACCGAAUGUUAGCAUGUGGACCUUUUUAUCGACUAAUUCACUGUGAAUGCCUCUUGUGAUUGUCAAUAACAUGGCAUACCAAAACAACAGGGUGUAUCUUUUAACUCGAACUGGCCAAAGGCAAAAAAAAAAAAAAAUCUGUUAGGGCACUGAUAUGGAAUAUUAAUGUUUGGGAUCAGAUUGGAUUUUGUUUGAAGGAUUGACAUGAGGGACACUGAAUCUAAACCUGUGAAAAAGGUCAUUUUAAACUUGACAGAACUUGGGUUCUGUGGUUCAGUUUGACGUUUUUAUUUUCAUGGAUUUAAAAAAAGUUACAUGUAAAAUAUCUUUUCUUCCUGUUGAUUUGCACAAAGAAUAUUUUGUAAGAAAAUAUCUGGGGAAUGAGUGUCAGUUAUGUCAAUAAUUGUGUCAUUGAAGUAAUUAUUUUGUGUGUGUGUGUGCGUAUUAAUCUUUAAUGUCACUUUUGUCUGCACAAAUUUUGUAAUGCCAGAACAUUGUAUGUCAUUAUUAACUAUAUAAUACUAAAUUCUACUCUUUGGCUUUAAUGUAAUAGUUUUUGAACAUAUGUUGCUGUUACUUUAUGCAGCAGAGAGCCGGAGUGUCAGCUGGUGUGUUGGGUUUCUCAAAAUAGAGGCAUUUGCAGUGAUAUACAAGAAUUAACUGGGAGAAAAAAAGAAGCCUAUUCAUUCCAUAUUCUAUCAUCUGCUCGAUCUGAUUGUUGUUCAUCUCUCUUUCCAAUCCUCCUCACAUCACCUAUACAACAUUGUUACAAAAAAUAUAGUACAUCAAGGAUGCUGGAUCAUUUCAGUUCAUCGGUUGACUGUCCUGUCUACACACCAAACCGCUUGUUUGUUCAUCAUAGGCUAAAAGUCUGUGGGCCUCCUUUGAAUUCUCAUCUUCAGCUCCGAGGGAAAGCUUAAUUCUGUUUCCAUUUUUGCCUGUAGCUUCUUUUACUUGUGUGAAUGUUUUUUCAGAAUGUAUUCUCGUAUUUGUAGAGUUAAAUUGCAUAUGUUUGUGAUGCAGAAUCUUUAGUUUACUUUGUAUUCCACUUCAGUUUACAAUACAGUUUGUGACUUUUCAGUA